UUACUUCCGGAUCUAGCAGUACGAUACAGGAAGUCGGAAGUGAGAAUUUAGCGGGAGAAGGGAAGGGCGACGCGGAGCCCGGACUUUGUCGGAGCGCCGGGGCGCAGGAGCGCUAACAACCCGCCGCUGCCGCCCUUCUCACGUCGGACCGACUCUGCUGACAGACCCUGACUUCUUGGAUGAGUAGGCACCCCUGGAAGAGUCAGCUGUGUGACAUGGUGCAGCCUAGCAGUGGCCCAGCAGGGGACCAGGACGUGCUGGGCGAAGAGUCCUCUCUGGGGAAGCCGGCCAUGCUGCACUUGCCUUCAGAGCAGAGCACUUCUGAGACGUUCCAGCGCUGUCUGGAGGAGAAUCAAGAGCUCCGAGAUGCCAUCCAGCAAAGCAACCAGAUGCUGCGGGAGCACUGUGAGGAGCUGCAGCGUUUCCAAGGCAGCCAGCGGGAGGAGAAAGAGUUCCUUAUGCAGAAAUUCCAGGAAGCAAAGAAACUGGUGGAGAGACUGAGCCUGGAGAAGCUCGACCUGAGGAGACAGAGGGAGCAGGCCCUGCAGGAGAUGGAGCACCUGAAGAGAUGCCAGCAGAUGGUUGAAGACAAGGCCUCGGUGAAAGCCCAGGUGACGUCCUUGCUGGGGGAGCUGCAGGAGAGCCAGAGUCGUUUGGAGGCUGCCACCAAGGAGCGGCAGGCCUUGGAGGGCAGGGCCCGCGCGGCUGGUGAGCAGGCCCGGCAGCUGGCCAGUGAGCGGGAGGCACUGCAGCGGCAGCACAGCGUGCAGGUGGACCAGCUGCGCAUGCAGAACCAGAGCGUGGAGGCUGCCCUGCGCGUUGAACGCCAGGCUGCCUCUGAGGAGAAGCGGAAGCUGGCCCAGCUACAGGUGGCCUAUCACCAGCUCUUCCAAGAGUAUGACAACCACGUCAAGAGCAGCAUGGCGAGCAGUGAGCGGAACCGAGGAAUGCAGCUGGAAGAUCUCAAGCAGCAGCUCCAGCAGGCUGAGGAGGCCCUGGUGGCCAAACAGGAAGUGAUCGACAAGCUCAAGGAAGAGGCCGAGCAGCACAAGACUGUGAUGGAGACCAUCCCAGUGCUUAAGGCCCAGGCGGAUAUCUAUAAGGCAGACUUCCAGGCUGAGAGGCAGGCCCGGGAGAAGCUGGCUGAGAAGAAGGAAGUCCUGCAGGAGCAGUUUGAGCAGCUGCAGAGGGAGUACAGCAGGUUGAAGGCCAGCUGUCAGGAGUCGGCCAGGAUUGAAGAUAUGAGGAAGCGGCAUGUAGAGGUUGCCCAGGCCCCCUUAGCCCUGGCCCCAGCUUCCCACUCCUUCCACCCGGCCCUGCCCAGCCAGAGGAGAAGUGCCCCUGAGGAGCCACCCGACUUCUGUUGCCCCAAGUGCCAGUAUCAGGCUCCUGAUAUGGAUACCCUGCAGAUACACGUCAUGGAAUGCAUCGAGUAGGGUCACUUGCUGAUGACGAGCUCAGGACAGUGCAAUCCGUGCUUUCCUCUCCCACCUGCCUAGUCCUGAACUACAGGCUAGGUGACAAACAGCAGGCCACUCCUUUGGGCCCCCAGAGCUAGUUGCAGGGCCUUAUGCUUUAGCUCCCUCACCUGCUGGUUUGUCUCCUUUAGGGCACAUGGAGCCCUGGCUAGGCUGAUGCUCUGCUCUUUUUGUUCAUUCUUUCUGCUUGAAACACCUACCUCUGGGGCUCCCUUGUCCACAUCCACUGGAGAAGAUAAGAAUCAAGGCUGGGGAGAUCAGGACGAUCACCCAGGCCAAGCUGGGCAGGAGAGCUCACCCAUACAGCACUGUGGUGCCAGUGCUCCCAUGGAGUGUGUGGGAUUCCAUUUGGAGGCUAUACCACCUGGAUUUAACCAGUCUGUUCCUUAUGGACAUUUGGGUUGUCACCAGUCUUUUUACUGUCAUAAAUAAUGCCACGGUGAAAA